AUGUGCUCCCUCUCGCAUAGAUGGCUUGCUCAUAAUCCCUGGCGAGUACUCCGGCACGAAACUCACGUUGUCCCUCGAACACCGCACACGACACACGGGCUUCGGUUACAGUCCACGGCCGCACCAUCUCAUGAACAACCCUCGCGUCGGCGACGCGUCAGCGGCUGGGUCGUCUACCCAACUACGCUCGCAGCGCUGUUUGGAGUCGGCUUCGUAGCGUAUCAUUACAACCAGCCAUUCCGACAUGCUACUCUUGCGGUGGUACGAUGUUCGAGGGUAGCCGAGGCUGCAAUACUGAGCGCGAUAGACUACAAAAUCACGUUUGCCAAAAGCCACGCAUCCGAUGACACAAAACGAGAGGCUACCUCGCAAUGUCACAAGCGCAGCGCGGAGCGAGUCCUGAAGGCCCUUCUCGCGAAUGGAGGCAUCUUCAUCAAGCUGGGGCAGCACAUUGCGUCUCUCGUAGUACUCCCCGUCGAAUGGACGAGCACCAUGCGUCCGUUGCAAGACAAGUGUGAACCGACGCCAUACGAGGAUAUCGAGAACUUUUUCCUGACAGAUAUGCAUCGGCCCCUUCACCAGUACUUCGACGACUUCGAUCCGGACCCAAUAGGCGUAGCGAGCCUUGCCCAGGUGCACAUAGCGCGGUGGAAGGAGACCGGGGACUUGGUGGCUGUUAAGUUGCAACAUCCGCAUCUACAAGAGUUCGCUGAGAUCGACAUGGAAAUGGUCGAAGUGUCUCUUGGCUGGAUCAAGCAUUGGUUCCCUGACUUCGAGUUCACCUGGCUCGGAGAGGAGAUGCGGGAAAACCUUCCCAAGGAGAUGGACUUCUCACAUGAAGCUCGUAAUGCUAUUCGUACUGUCAAUGAGUUCCACGAUAUCCGGACAUCAUUGUAUAUCCCGAGGGUAUUUACCGCGGACAAGAGAGUCCUCAUCAUGGAGUUCAUCAAGGGAGGCCGCGUAGACGACCUCAAGUACCUGGCAGAUCACAACAUUGACAGGAACAAGGUCGCACUGGAGCUGGCCAGGAUAUUUGGGCAGAUGGUUCACUUGAACGGGUGGUUCCAUGCCGAUCCCCACCCAGGAAACCUACUCAUCCGACCGGCCCCAAUUACCUCGAAGUCUCCGUACAACUUCGAAAUCGUGCUGUUGGAUCAUGGACUGUAUUUCGACCUUGACAGGGAACUUCGCAUCAACUACAGCAAGUUCUGGCUCUCCCUCAUUGCAUCUGCUUCACCCACCGCUGCGGCAGACCGCCGGAAGUAUGCUAAGCUGGUCGGUAACAUUGAUGACGAUUUGUACCCCGUCUUCGAAGCUGCCCUUACUGGCAGAGCUGCUCUCGACGAGGCCUGGACUGGUACCGAGGACCCGUUGAGCGGUACGAAAGUCCGACGUGCAACCAGCAUGAUUGACCUCACUGCCCAGACGGAGGAAGAGAUGGAGAUAAUCCGACUCGCAGUGGUAGAGAAGGAGGGCCUCUUGCUCUCCGUCUUCGACGUCCUGAGGAGGGUCCCGAGAAGGGUUCUGAUGGUCCUGAAGCUCAACGACUUGACGCGGAGCUUGGAUCGGGCUCUUGCGACGACACAUUCGAAUGUUCGCGUCUUCCUUGUCAGCGCGAAGUACUGCACUCGGGCUGUCUGGGACGACACUAGGCGACAACUCAUAUCCCAAAUGCGCGAAAGGGGCCUUAUGUCGUUCGGGUUGCUCUACGAUUACUUCGCGGGCUGGUGGGGUUACCAACGCAUGUACAGCACCCUAGUGAUCGCUGAGACCUGGAUGGAUCUGCAAGCAUAUAUGGUCAAGACGAAGGCAUGGCUCUGGGGCCUCUACGCCGUCGGAGGCCUGCAAGGUGCCCAUAAGGCGGCCUCCGGCCUAGCAUAG